AGGAUGCAACCCCAAAAACGGAUCGCCAUCGUCGGCGAGGAAAAGAGCUAUGUCAUUCCGGAGAAGUUUGAACAGAAAGCAGGCACAGAAUACAUACCGAACCAGCAAGUCCUUGGCAUCGAGCCCAUCCGGGUCCCGGCAGAUAUCAGGAACCUGAGCCCGAUCUCAACACCACAUGCAGGCCCCCAUAAGCAUCAGCUUUCAACCAACUGCGUGGGGCUCCAGCUCCAGGCACGCCUCAAUUGGAAAAGUCUCAGCAGCUCCAGUGUUCGCCAGCCGUGUGUUGGCCGGUGACUGGCCGCCCGGGUUCGCGAUGUUAGCCAGGUCCAGUCAGCGGGUGACACUACUGCACCACCUCGCAGCCGGGGAUGUCUCCUCGCGGUUGGCGGCGGUGGAUCACCGCCAACUGCACGCACGCCUCGUCCCAAUUCCUCAGCCAGUCGGGUGCCGGGGUCAGCAGCGUCCUGACCGAUGCGGGGGGUCUUCAAACGGCAAAGAGCUUCAGCUAGGCACUUUGGCAGGCUGUUGUGCUUCCGAAGCUGCCUAUUCGUUGAAGCUCUCUACACCGGCAAUGAUUGUUAUGAUGCUGCGGGGACGAGGAAACUUACGGUUUGUUUACCCUUGAAACGGUGUUUUUAUUUGUCAUUGAUGCAGUUCACUUUCGGUAUCGGAUCAGAUCAGUGUCGUCCGCAUC